AUGGAUCCGCAACUAAAGAAAAUUUCAAGCAGAUACCAUGUCUUUGAGAACUGGGCUCAUACUUUCAUAUGCGAACCAGAGUUAUAUUUUACACCCGAGACUGAAGAUGAGGUCGAAAAGAUUGUAAUCUUUGCUAAAGCCAAGAACAAGUCUAUUAAGGUUAUUGGAGCUGGACAUUCUCCAUCCGAUCUUGCUUGUACAAAGGAUUUCAUGAUCAAUCUGGAUAAUCUCAAUCGUGUAUUGGAGAUCAAUCGGGAAGAAAAGACAGUUAGCGUUCAAGCCGGAAUAAGUUUAAACCAAUUAAACCAAGAAUUAUGGAAGAAUGGCCUUGCAAUGAGUAAUAUCGGUUCUAUCUCUGAUCAGAGCCUUGCCGGUGCUAUCAGCACCGCCACUCAUGGAACUGGAAUUAAUUUUGGCAACAUUUCAACACAGGUGACUGAACUGACAUUGAUAACGGCAACUAGGGGGACAUUAACUUGUUCUGAAAAAACGAAUCCCGACAUUUUCAAAGCAGCUCUCUGCAAUUUGGGUGCUCUCGGUAUAAUAAUACGAAUUACUUUAAAAUGUGAGCCCGCUUUCAGGCUAGAAGCCAUUCAGACUCCGGCAAAGUUUGAUGAAAUUCUAAACAAUUUGGAUCAUGUCGUUCAUUCCGCCGAGCACGUAAGAUUCUGGUGGUUUCCUCAUACCGACGAUUGUGUCUUAUGGAAGGCGAACAGAACGAUAAAGGAACCAAACUCAUCGACCAUUGGCUACAUUCGAGAAACCUUAUUAGGUUACCACCUCUACCAAUUUCUCCUCUACCUGACGCGCCUCCGCCCAUCGACUAUUCCGAGGCUUGCACGACACAUGUUCAAGAUCAAGUAUUCAACGCCCACUUGCAUCAUCGAUGAUUCGUACAAGGUCUUUAAUAUCGAUUGUCUCUUCCCGCAGUAUGUCAACGAAUGGGCGAUACCAUGGGAAAAAACUCCAGAGGCACUGAGAAAAAUCAAUCAGUGGACCAAAGAGACGAAUUCGUUUGUACAUUUUCCGGUCGAGGUUAGGUUCGUCGAUAAAGACGAUAUUUGGUUGAGUCCUUCGUAUGGAUGCAAAGUUUGUUAUAUAGGUAUUAUAAUGUACAGACCGUAUAGAGUAGCCGUCCCUUACAAGGAAUAUUGGAAGGCGUAUGAGCAGAUUAUGAGGUCCUUGGGUGGUCGUCCUCAUUGGGCAAAGGCACACACAAUGUCGGUAUUAGAGCUUGAGAAAUGUUAUCCCAAGUUUAACGACUUUAAGAAACUGAUGCACGAAUUAGAUCCAAAUGGAAUGUUUCUCAAUGCUUACUUGAGGAGACAUAUUCUGGGCGAAGUUGGUGAGGAUGUCGAUACGAGAUUGUUCAAAGCAAAAUUAUAA